AUGAGAAUUCUCAACAACCCUCUCAUACCAGAGCAGAUGGAGUCCGCCGAGCGUUCUCCCUCUCCUGAGUUCUCGCCCUUGGCGAUCGGCGAAGAUCUCACCCCGCUGCCCGCCUACAAAGCUGCACAAACCUCAUCUUUUGAUAUCUUCGGUCUUCUUUCAACUCCGCUAAAACUUCACGAGGAUCUUAAGUCAGGAUGUGGUGGGCAAACAUGGCCCGCAGGCAUGGUGCUGGCAAAGCACAUGCUACGUUACCAUCGGACAGCUCUGACAGGAGCAAGAAUAUUAGAGUUGGGAGCUGGCGGCGGAUUGGUUGGUUUGGCUGUCGCGUUGGGUUGUGAGCUGCAGCAGACGCCUCUGUACCUGACAGACCAGGACGAAAUGUUCGAACUCAUGGGGAAAAAUACCAAGCUGAACAGCCUUGACGACAAAGUUAAGCCUCUGGUCCUGAACUGGGGCGAACCGCUAUCACAGGAAGUUGUUGACUUUAAGCCGAAUGUCAUUCUUGCAGCCGAUUGCGUAUACUUCGAGCCGGCCUUCCCACUACUGCUGGAGACGUUGUCCAACUUGCUGGUCCUGGAACCGGACGCGACAAUCUAUUUUUGCUUCAAGAAGAGGAGACGUGCUGACAUGCAAUUCCUCAAAAAAGCACAAAAGUCGUUCAAGGUAACGGAAAUUAUCGAUGAAGAUCGACCGGUGUUCAGCAGGGAGGGCUUGUUUUUGUACACUUUUGCCAGUAAAAAGCCGACAGGUACGCAACAGUAG